AUGGUAUCAGGGAGCCAGACCAUGUCGGAGAAUACUAUCAAGGCGGACCACUUGUGUGUCCUGGUUCAUGGACUCUGGGGCAACCCAUCGCACCUGGAUUACGUGGCCUCUGCGCUCCGAGAACGACACGGGGAAGACCGAAUCCAUAUUCUGUGCGCAAAGGGGAACAGUGGCAACUUCACAUACGAUGGGAUCGAGCUAGGCGGAGAGCGGUUGGCACACGAGAUCGAAGAGACACUGGAUGCAUUGGCCACAAAAAACCACAAGAUCUCUAAGCUGAGCUUGGUGGGCUACUCGCUUGGGGGUCUGGUGGCACGAUAUGCAAUCGGCCUGCUUCAUGCCCGAGGUUGGCUGGAUAAGCUGGAGCCGGUGAACUUUACAACCUUUGCAUCGCCGCAUGUUGGGGUACGAACGCCGCUCAAGGGCCUCAGGGACCAUAUCUGGAAUGUAUUGGGUGCGAGGACUGUCUCAACAUCUGGGAGACAGCUUUUCAUGAUUGACUCGUUUCGCGACACGGGCCGGCCGCUGCUAAGCGUGCUAGCAGAUCCCCAGAGUAUUUUCAUACAGGGCCUGGCCAAGUUUCAACACCGGUGUGUCUAUGCGAAUAUUGUCAACGACCGCUCCACAGUCUUUUAUACCACAGCGCUCUCCAAGGUGGAUCCAUUCCGGGAUUUGGAGGAGGUGAAUAUCAACUACGUCAAGGGCUACGACCGAGUGAUUAUCGAUCCCGAUCAGUAUGCGCUACCUCCUGCAACAAGGCAGCCGGAAACUGCAUCCUCUCGGGCAUGGAAGCAGUUUCAGGCGCUUCUUUUCUGGGUGCCAUUGUGGAUCUUGAUCAUUCUUUUCGUCCCGCUGGCUGCGACUCUUUUCUUGCUCAACGCCGCCGUGCAGACAUGUCGCAGUCGGAAACGGAUCCGCCUGCACGAGGAAGGCAAGAACGGUAUGCUUUUUGGGAGAUACCGAGUGCCUCUGCUGGUCGAGGAUGUGCGACAUGCCGUGGAGGAGGUUUUUGAAAACGUCAACUCCAGACAAGAGCCCGCGUAUCUCUCCAGCACCGAAGCUGAGAGUUCUGAUUUAACCACAGAGAAAGCCACUGCACUUGGAAUCUCAGAGCAAAUCCAAUUGGAUGAACGUCAAACUGAUACUAGCUUGAAAACGAGUGAUACUCUUGCUGGUCUGGAGGAUUCCCAGCACCAGCUGGCUCCCAAGCUUGCCUUGAAUCCGGCACAAUUUGCCAUCAUCGACUCGCUCAACUCUGUUGGAUUCCGCAAAUACCCGGUUCACAUUCAUAAACACCGCCAUAGCCAUGCAGCCAUAAUUGUCCGAAUGCCCAAGCAAGGAUUCGGAGAGGGCAAGAUUGUGAUGAAACACUGGCUUGACAAGGAGUUUGUGGUCUAG